AUGGUGUUACUAGCCAGCUGGUUGCAGAUUCACAAGAGACUCACAGCUCGUGCACAGAGAAGAUGCAGGUUCCUGCUCAGUAUAGCUGGAGUGCUGACUGGAGCUUUUGGGUAAUGUUUUUUCCCAAUUUGUUCCUCUAUCUGUAUCCAUAUGUUUAUGUACUGGCUUUAUACCCCUUCUUCUCAGGUUGCUUUGUAGUCAUGAAUUAGUGAAGUGUUCUCUACCUAUGUAGUGAGGUAGAUAAUUUGCCAUUAUCAGCUUACUAAAAUGUAAGCUGACACUGAGAGGGAAUGAGGUUGUUUACCUGAUGUCAUGUAUCAAGUUAGUGACAGGACUUAAGACCUCUGUGCCCAGUCCUGUCUUCCAGUUCCUUGCAUGAGCCUAUCCAAUAUCCCUGUGCCUUUAGAAAAGGUACUGUUGAUGCUUAGUCUUGGAUAAGAUAAGCUUCCUUAGUGUCUGCUUCUUGCUGGGUAAGCAUGUGUUUUUCACAAAAGUAAACUUAGUUCGUAGAAUAGGAAUUUGUGAAUAGGAAGGGCAGAAGGGGGGAUUCCUUUUGCUCUUCUCUGAGGUGCUGUUUCACUGAAAGUGGAGAAUGUAAUAAAAAAAACACUGAACACUGUCUUUAAUACUGCUUUUGGUGUUUUUUUUUUUGUUCCCCCCCCCUCCAGUAUCUUGACAGAAGGUAAACUUGUAAUUGUGGACUUAGCAAUGUGCUUUGCUGUGAGUUUAGUGGAUGGGUGGUUGUUGGAAGGGGGAACCCUGUAUAUUGUAUGCAGCAACAGGUGUGAUAAUGCCUGAUCUCAAGAGAGGUUUGGAUUCUCUUCCUCAGGGAUCUGACAAUGUGACUCAGGUUCUGCAUCAGGUGACCCCAGAGUGAAUUGAUGUACCUUAGCUUGUGACAGUCCAGCGGAUGCCCCUGUGCACAUCCUUGUCUUGAUGAGGUCAUCAAGGUGUUCAUUGUGCUAAGCAGGUGAAAGAUUAAAGGCCAUAGGGAGUCAGUAGCAGAGCUGUGACCAGGACUGUGGGAUUAGAUUUCUAACACUUUUUUUUUCUUUAUCAAUCAAAUUUAUGUCUUUAUCACUUCUUUUCAAGCUGACUGGAUGUUCUCAUGGUGAGAACACAGAUUUCACAUCUCAGAUUACAAUAUAUUCUAGUAUUUCCCCAUAAAUGCAUGUAUACUUUUAAACUGAGCAACAGCAGUCUGGACCCAAUAAAAAUGGGUGAGGCUGCGUGAAUCCCAGUAGGUCUGAGAACUGCAUUGCCCCAGAGGGCUUGGAUCAUUCUGUUUUCUGCUCUGUUCCUACAGUGACAGGAUGAUAGAGGGCCUUUAGCCUGUUCUCAGCUGUAUCUCUGUACUCAAAUUGGUAGCAAAUGAUGCUGUAUAGGCGUUGUAACUGUCAGUUACACUCUCAUUAGAUAACAAAUUAGUUUGUGGAAACUAACUCUGUGGUACCUAAACUACCAGCUGUGUCAACAAUUCUUCAUGUGAAAAAGAAAGAUGUUUAGGUUGGGGUCAGUUUAGUGGACUUGCACUUAGCAAGGACUUGCUAAGCUUGGCAUUCUGAAGCUCUAAAAUACGUAUGAGACAACUGUGCUACUGGCUUUAUUUUUUUAGAUUUGAGAUGCAUGCCUAAAGUUGAGGUUUCUUUGAGUAGAACUUUAGGCAUGUAUUUUGCACUCAGUACAUUGUGUGUCCUCACAGUGCCAUUUUCUGCCUGCCCACAACUUCUGAGCAGGUUUGGAUUCUUCAGUGCUCUGGCAGCCACCAAAAGAAGUGGGAAGUGUUCUCUGGUGUGUUUAAAAGGUUGCCUUAUGCCUGAGAUUUAUACUUGAAGGCCUCGGUAUUUGUUUGAAGUUCAUGUUUAUCUGGAUGGGUAAAUAUGACCUUGUACUUAAGAGGCAGAUAUUGACACAGUUCUCUUGUGAGGUAGCGCUGUGGCUUGUAAAGUUUUAACAUUGCUGUUUAUGGCACUGAUUAGUUUUAGAAAACCUCUAUUGAUCUGUUUAUAGGAGGCAGUGCUACUUAUUUUCUUAGCCUCGAGGGGAAUUAGAAGUAGCAAUAGACAGAAUGUUGCAAAAGGCAGGCAAAAAAAGGUGUCUGCAUCUUCUAAUUAAAACGUUAUGUCAUUGGCAUCUUUCUGUGCUCUUCUAGACAGAAAAUGUGUUUUAAUAACUUGCAUAGUUGAUGAUCAGCUGCUUAAGUAUACAAACAAACCAUUAAAACUCCGUGAGUACUGAGUCACAGUUGAUGCGUAGGUGAUAGCAGGGAAGACAGCUUGCUGCAGUGGGCAAAGUGUGUGUCAUUAACACUUUACUAUGGAUGAUCUUAGUGUCAUGUGGCAGGUUUGGAUUUAUUACUCUCAUUCCUGCCAUUGAGUCAGUAAUACUAAGGGAUUUUUACAAUAGCAGGAAUAACCUACAGUAGUACCCAGCUAUCAGCUUUGUUGCCUGGCCUGUUUGCUUUCAGACGCUUUUUUUUUUCUUCUCCUGAGUAUGUACUGUUGCUUCUCUGAUGGAAGCCAAAUGUCAGUGUUAUAGCCUAACUGGUUUGACUUCAAUUUUUCAUGGAUUUGAGUGGGAGUAAACUGUUGUGCCAUGCCUCUGAAAGUCAGGCCAGGUAUCGUUCAUGCUCUGUAUGUGCUGUGAGCACAUGCAGUUAACAGCAGACUCUGAUGGGAGCCUCUGGGUUAUAACCUCUCUCCUGGCUAUGGUGAGUGGGGAGAAGGAAGAGUAGCGGGAAAGAAGAGAACAAAACAGACUCAUCCUAUUAUGCCUGACUUUUUUUUUUCCUCCCCCAUCUCUAAAACAAGAACAGUCUGGACAGCUUUAUUGGAAAAAAUGUGAGAAUGAAUUUUCUCUAUUACUGGAGGCAAUUCUUAAAUUAGUAGCACUUUGAAUCCUUUCUACAAGAUUUACAGCAUUUAGUAGUGCUUGCACUGCUUCUUUGAGGAUAUCAUUUUCAUAAAUACCUUUUAAAAUGUUGUUUUGAGGGGAAAAAUAUAUAUAUGGGCUUUUUUUUUUUAAGUCUGUUCCCCAGCUAGACUUUUGUAAUCUCAUGGAGUGAGGAAAAAAAGCUCAGUUGGAAGUUUCAUCUCAGGAUUUUCCCUCUUUACUGGACUCUUUGAUUGUCAUCAUCUGGAAUUUUUAUCUCAAGACUUUUUUUUGUACCCUUUUCACAUUCUUUGUGCUGAAAUGUAAUUAAGUUUAACAUCCUUGGAAGAAGAAGAAAUCUGUGGAAGUCUUGACUCUUCCUAUUGUGAUGAACAAAAAGAUAAAGAUGGACAAGGAAGCUAGUGAAAAGGAUUAUUGCAUCCAAAGUGAGCAUAUUCUGUCUGGGAACUCUGUUUUCUAUUAAUAAGCAGUCAAAGAAAGUUCAUGUAUGUAUAUCAUAAGAAGAAUGCCAGUGGAAAGAAGGAAUAAAAAACUCUCAAGUUCCACUUACAAAUACAGGAGUGAGGAAUUCAAGAGACAGUUUUCUCAUCUGCCAGAUUCAGAGAGACUCAUAGUAGAUUACGCCUGUGCACUCCAGAAGGAUAUCCUGCUGCAAGGACGCUUGUAUCUCUCUGAAAACUGGCUCUGUUUCCACAGCAACAUUUUCCGAUGGGAGACUACAAUUUCUAUUGCUUUGAAGGAUAUCACUUUCAUGACAAAGGAAAAGACUGCUCGGCUCAUUCCAAAUGCCAUACAAAUAGCAACAAAAGGAGAGAAGUUUUUCUUCACAUCGUUCAGUGCAAGAGACAGAAGCUACCUCAGUAUCUUUCGCUUAUGGCAGAAUGUGUUGUUGGAUAAGAGGCUGACCAAGCAGGAAUUCUGGCAGCUGGUGCACCAGAGCUAUGGCUCUGAGCUGGGUCUGAACACCGAGGAAAUGGAGAGCUUCCACUCAUCAUCUGAGGACAAUGGGCAGUGUCGAUCCAGCGUUUGUGAUGAACCUGGAGAAAGGGAUGACAAACUACCUAAAACAGUUGGUUUAGUUCGGGAAUCCACGCUUCAAACAGAAGGAGAGUCACUCAAUAGACACGCGUUGUCAGGUGUGGAAGAGUCUCUAAGUGAGAAACAAAUAAAGAAGAGCCCUCUUCCAUCUUCAGAAAGAAAAUCUGUUAAGCUAGUCAGAAGCAGAUCUUUAGAAAAGUCCUUGGAUCUGAAUGAGAAUGAAAAUCUUCAAGAGAAAAGCAGUGCCUCAGAUAGCGAGGAAGCAGUAAAAGAGACUGCCUCUGAGAAUGAUGUCUAUGGAAGACUUUUUAUAAACAGAGUUUUCCACAUCACUGCAGACAAGAUGUUCGAAAUCCUCUUCACCAAUUCUCACUUCAUGCAGAGGUUUCUCAAUUCCAGGAGUAUAGUAGAUGCUGUAUCAACCCCUUGGAAUAGAGAUUCCAGUGGCAAUCAGUUGAGGACUUUGACGUACACUGUAACAAUUAACAAUCCACUCUGUGGGAAGUUUACCACUGCAACUGAAAAGCAGAUCCUGCAUAAGCAGAGCCAGAAAGGUCAGUCUUAUCAGGUGGAUGCUGAGGUGCUGACCCACGAUGUCCCCUACCAUGAUUAUUUCUACACUGUGAACCGAUACUACAUCAGCCGCACGUCCAGUCACAAAUGUCGAUUACGGGUUUCUGCAGAAGUAAAAUACAAAAAGCAGCCUUGGGGCCUUGUCAAAUCUGUAAUUGAGAAGAACACCUGGGGAGGGAUACAGGAGAACUUCAAACAACUUGAAUCAGAACUGCUAAUGGAGGAAUAUGCAAUUAAUCAGUCCAUAGAAGACUCUGGAAAAUUAGUUGCCCUAAGACGAAGACGACGCACUUUACACCGAAGUCUGGCAGAAUCACUUCCCAAACGCUCUUCCCAGCACUCCUCUGGUGACAUGGGGUUAGAGUCCCAGGGUAGCAUCAUAGGAAGGAAAAGAGAUGCUAUUAGUAGGACCACUGCCAUCAUUGUAGUAAUGAGUGUCUUUUUGCUGCUCUUGGUUUUGCUAAAUGUAACACUGUUUCUCAAGCUGUCAAAGAUAGAGCAUGCGGCUCAGUCCCUCUAUCACGUCCAGCUUCAGGAAGAGAGCUCUUUGAACAUAUCCCCAGAAAUGGGAUCCAAAGAGGAGAUCCCUCAAUAUGAUAAGGAACAGGUUAAGCAUGUGAAGGGAGUACUGAGAGACUCAAUUGAAAUGCUUGAGCAGCUCAAGCUCUCCCUUUCCAUGCUCCAAAGAAGCUUUGAUCACUUGAACAAGACACAGAGCAGCAAGACUGAGAGUUAAUGCCUUGCUUGCGAGUCAGGACCUCAGAAGAGAAGAUGUGUGUUUAAGGACUUGUGGAGUAGGGACUGUAACCAUCUUCGGACUCUUACUUGUUUUCUAUUUUGGCUCAGAAGCUUCAUGGAAUAAAGGUUUCUAGAAGAAGUAA